AGUUACCACAAAAAAAAUUCUAGUAAAUUCCUGACAUUUCUAUUUUCAAAACGUCAAAACAAGUUUGUAUAAAUACCGGCGAUUUGAAGUAAAAUUCGUAUUCCUAACAAGACUAACAAGAGUGAUAUAAGCUGUUUCUUAAAUCAAAUAGUUUAGUGUUAUUAAAUUAUUUUAAAGUCUAAAAUGUCCAAAAUGGCAUUUAUUCCUGUAGUGUUUGGUGAAAACUAUUGGGCCCCUCAUUGCCCUCGUCGUCAAGUUGCAGUGCCCCAUCGAAAAUUUGUUGAAGGCAUCAACCAUGAUGUCCUGAAUUCCAUUGCCUUAGCCCAAGCAUUAUUUGGCCCAGAACAAGAUAGAGCAGACAUGGUAAUGAGACAGAAUUCUAGAAUAUUGAAUCAAGGAAGAUCAUCUGUUACAAUUGAUGAACACAAAUUCCAAGCCAAUUUCGAUGUACAGCAUUUCAAACCUGAAGAAAUUACUGUAAAGGUAAAUGGUGACAGGUCCAUUACUAUUGAAGCCGAACACGAAGAGAAACAAGAUGAGCAUGGUGGAAUUUACAGGCAUUUUGUUAGAAAGUAUAAGUUGCCAGAAAAUUGCGAUAUAGAAAAGGUAGAUUCCAAAUUGUCGUCUGAUGGAGUCUUAAGUAUUACAGCUCCUACUAUAGGACAGAAAUCUUCCAGUCAUAGAACCAUUCCGAUUAUUCAAACCGGAAAGCCAAUUAAAUCAGCAGAAAAACCGCAGAUUGAACAGAAAUCGGAUUGAAUAGUAGGUUAACACUAUUUAAAAUACUUGCAAAUACAGCAAAUGGACCACGUUAUGUAAUAGCGGAUUAAGCGCCAAAAUGUAGUUUUGAGAUAAAUCGGUUUAAAGAUUUUAAAUUUGUUUUUGGUACUAUUUCUAAAAUAUAGUACUGACAUGUUUCAUAUUUAAUAUAUUAAUGCAAAUGUAAAUAGACUUUUACAUGUGUUUAAAAUUUUUUUAAAAUAAUUUAUAUUUUAAAAGUUAUUCGAUCAAAUGUCGCUUAAUUCGUUAAUGAUUUUUUAAGAUAUGCAUGAGUUAAGAUCCGAAUACCGGAUUAAGAGACAUAUUUGGCGCUUAAUCUGAUGUUACCUUACAAAGGAUGUCUUUUAAUUCGAUAUCUUUAACGUUAGUAAAUAUGUUAUGUUUUGUAAUAAAGAAUUAACCGACUAUUCGUGGCGCUUGAUUCGUUAUUACACUUACAAAGAUGCGGAUUUUUGUUUAUGACAAUGGAUUAUGUACCAUUAUUGGCGUUUAGUUCGAUAUUACAAAUCCUAGUGUGGGAUUUUUUUUAAGAAAAUAAAAAAUGUCGCUUAAUACAGGCAUUUAAAAACAGCUUUUUUUUUAAAUUUUUUUACAAAAAACAUAUUUUUAUACAUAGCUUUGCACCCUAGCUGCAAGAUGGCACUAUUAUCUCGAUUUUGGACUUUUGGCGGUUAAUCCGUUAUUACAUAACGCGGUCCAAAUGUUCUUUAAUUUCAAGACUGAUUUUUGAAUGUAUUAUUAUUAAUUCCAUUUUUUUUAUUGUACCAUAUUUUUUUAUUUAAAUAAAUACAUUUAUGAAUUAAUAAAA